AUGGGCGAUCGGGCAGAUUACGACAAUGCCGCCUGGGAUAGAAACGAUCUGGCCUGGGAAGAGUCACAGAAAUAUUUUCGAAGCUUUUCCACGCUUCACAAGAUGGAAUCCUUUGUGUCUGAGAAAUUUGAGAGGACUGCAACUUGGGUUAAGCCGUUCCAUAUCGGGGGAUACAACAACCUCUAUCGGAUGAAAAUCGAGGGGAUUAACGAUUGUGUUCCUCUGCGACUACCCCAACCUAAUAUAGUCCUGUUCCCAGACGAAAAGAUUCUUGCCGAAGCCGCAACAGCAAGUUUUGUUGUACAAAAUACCCAGAUCCCAGUUCCUCGAGUGCUGUUCCGCGGAGUAUCAAGUCCAGAUUCUGAUAUUGGGCCUUAUAUUAUCAUUCAAAAUGUCGAAAACUGCAAUGAUAUUUCGGACGUUCUUCAUAUUCCUAAUGAGGAGGAUCCUGACGAAAAUCAUAUGUUAAAUCCUGACAUUUCUGAGGAUGUCCUCGAGAGCUUGUAUACCAAAAUAGCGGUCCAUUUGCUACAACUCUUUAAACCCAGCUUUUCUCGCAUUGGGGCUCUGGCUCAGACUGGUGAAAUUACCUUCGAAGUAGCAGGCCGACCGAUAACUCAGAAUAUGAACAGUAUGCUUCAGAUUGCGAAUAUUCCCCCUGCCGCUCUGCCAUCCAAGGAUAGAACGUAUAGUACUGCAAAUGACUGGUACAUCGCGCUAGCAGAGAUGCACGGCCCAACUCAUUUUCCAACACAACGACCUUCAGACGACUGCCGAAACAAAUAUGUUGCACGUCAGCUCUUCCUUAAGCUAGCCAAACAAGGCCACCUAUCGACCUUUGGAUUCGCAGAGGACGACUGGUCAGCUCAAUCUCAGGUUAAGAGGCAAACCUCGACGUUAUCCCACGCUCCUAGCGGAACAGGCUCCUUUAGGAUCUGGUGCGAUGACCUUCGGCCGAGCAAUAUUCUUUUGAAUAAAGAGGACAACAUAGCUGCUAUUAUUGAUUGGGAGUUUUCAUAUAUUGCUCCUACACAAUUCGCUCUUGACCCGCCUUGGUGGUUGCUGCUGAAUAUCCCCGAGUGGUGGAAAGCAGAUAUCGAUGAUUGGACCAAGAUCUAUGAGGUACGCCUGAAGACCUGGCUGCGGGCAAUAGAGACGGCCGAGAACGAGAAGUCCGAGGAGGGGAUAGAGACGUCGUCAACUAGACUUUCUAAACAUAUGCGUGAAAGUUGGGAGACGGGCCGAUUCUGGCUCAACUACGCCGCUCGAAAGAGCUGGGCCUUUGAUACCAUCUUCUGGAAAUACCUGGAUCAUCGAUUCUUUGGUAGCAAGGAGGACCCGACUCAACAGGAACUGGCUCGACAGGAGGACCCUCCUACACAAGAAGACCUUACUAAACAGAAACACAUAACUGAACAGGAUCUUUGGAAGACUCGAAUACAUCUUUUAAGUGACAAGGAAAGAAAUUCUAUGGAGGCAUUUGUGGAGAGGAAGAUGGAAGAGGGGAAGGAAAGGAUUGUGAUUGAUGAUUGGGAUGAUGAGGUGGUUAGGGAGAGUCUACACCAGGUGGUGGGUGAGAUGUUGGGAGAGGAUUGA